AUGUCGACCAGCAACGACCUCAGCGACGUAGAUACCUCACCGAAAUUGCGAAUGAAGCCAGCAGUUAGUAAAAUUUUCUGCUGCAGCGUGACUGCGGCGUCAGGAUUCAUUGCUGCAUAUGCUCUAGUCGCAUACGCGAUAGCGCUAAUUUACGAGAUAGUAUGGAUUGUGGAGUCGCAGAGCGGGCUGCCGGUGCCGUCGGCACUGCUCAUGGUGUGCUACUGCAUCGUCAUCGCUGCAACCGUCACGCUAGUGCACGGACUUAUUUCUAAAAACAACACAUAUCUGCUAGCAUGGUUGAUAGCUGUUAUAUUGGUGUUGAUACCAGAAUGUGCACUUGUCUUCUAUAUGUCCAUAAGUCAUUGGGGUCUACAAGGAGUGUACGGAGGCGCAGAGCUUGCGUGUUAUGUCGCGCGUUUACCGGCCAUUGUAUGCGGUGUCGUGCUUGUGCAGUCUGCGUAUGCGCUCAGAGAAGCUAGGAAAACUGGCUACAACAACGGUGCACCAGUGAGCGGUAGCGAGUUCGACGCAAGCCACUACGUGCCUGAUGCUCCCAGCGCUUUUACUAACGACGGCUUUCUGUCUGACAACGGUAAAUCUGGUUCAAUGCCAGACCUUCGCCAUCACUUAGCCACUCGGCAGUCAAUAAAUCAUGGAUACCCAGUGGUUUUGCCACAACCUCCUCCUGGAUACUGGCAACACUUGGCUGACCGACAGUACGCGGCCAGCCUCCGGGGAUAUCCGAAACAGUAUUCCUCUCCACAAACAUACGGAACUUGGGUUGGACCGAGAUCCGGACCAUACGAUAAUCCGUACAAACGCCGGCAUUCGGUAGUGGGCGCAUUCAGUGACGAAUAUCCGGCAAAGGGAUUCGAUGUGUAUCCCGACGAUCGGGUAGAUUGCAAGAGCGAGAUCGCGUACCCGUACUAUCGGCCGUAUCCUUACGAUCCACGGAUGUAUCCGCCGGAUUACGAUCCGAGAUUUUAUCCGGAUUAUAAAAGAGAAGACGCGGCUUACGGCGUAAAUUUACUAAGACACGAGCCAUAUCAUUUUAGUGGGUCGAGAGAAAGGGUGUUUUAUAAUUUGCGUAAUAGUCACACAUCCGUAGGCAAUGAGUCUGAUGAUUUGACCAAAUAUAAGGAUGUAGCUCUGUAA